GAGGGGCAGACAGAAGCGGCGUGUACACUUGCUAUAUUUGACAACACACACACACUCCUGACACACGCACGACUGCACAGGCAUACGGAGACGAAGGGCGGAGGGAGGAAAAACAGCACACACACAAUGUGUGUUGAGCGCAGGAAUCAAAAACAUAGCGGCACACGGGAGGGCGAGCGUGACGCCAGCACCUUCUCGUUCUGUCUGUGACACACACACACACACACACAUGCGGGCGAGCACGCCGUUCACUCUUCUCCAGCUCACACACACCUCAGAUCCUCACGAGCCAGCAAGGAGGACGCCACCGGACGUGUCAUUCAAACAAGGAUUGGAUGUGAAGACGAGGAUUAAGCAUCUCCAUCCGCUCUUGCCUCCACAAUAUAAGACAACAACCCCCCCCCCCCUCCCUCCUCCAAGCGUUUUUGAUACAAGCAGGGGAUUGUCUCGAAACGUAAAGAAGGAUUAUUAUUCUUUUUAUCCUCAUCGGGAUUAUCAACGUAUGGAUCUAUGUUUCUUAUAGCUUCUUCCAUUUUGGAUUUGUUCAAAAUAAAAAUAAUAGGGAUGUUUUUUUAAGGAGGGAUGCGUGAAAGAGGAGAUCAGUGACACGUUGUGCGCGUUGAAAUAUUUAGUCGGAAGGUGAUUGAGCUAUUUGCAGUCGCCGCCCCUGUGGAGGCUGCAAGCAUGGCCGCUUGACGCCUCCCGCUGCCAUCGCCACCGGGGAACUCGCACGUCAUGCCCCCCCACAGCUACUCCCCAGGGGGCGUCGGCCUGCCCCCGUCAGCAUUUGGUCAGUUCUUCCUCUGCCUGCUGGUGGUGCUACUCCGACCAGCUUGUUCCUGCCCUCCCCCAUGUCUAUGCUCCUCAGAUGGCCUGCUGGUGGACUGCGGGGGCCGAGGUCUCUCCACCCCGCCUCCCGUGCACCUCCUCCCCGCGGGGAGUCGCUCGCUCCUGCUGGCUAACAACAAGCUAGCCUCGCUGGGAGCGUCGGCAUUCGCUAACCUCUCCUCUCUGGAGGAGGUGGAUCUCUCAAACAACUACCUUGACAAUUUACCGGCCGGAUUAUUCAGGGACAUGAGCAAUCUGACCAAACUGAGCCUGCACAACAACUCUCUCACAGGAAUGGACAGAGAUCUCUUUCAGGGUUUGGGGGGUCUCCAGAGUCUCGAUCUUUCACUCAAUGGCCUGGCAUCAAUUCCUCUGGGGCUCUUGGAUGAGGUACAAGGUCUCAGAUGGUUGUCCUUGGCUGGCAACAGACUUCGCGGCUUGGAGAGGGCAGCAUUUGAGCCACUCGCCCACCUCCAACACCUGGAACUAGGACACAACCCCUGGGAAUGUGAUUGCAACCUGCGGGAGUUCAAACACUGGAUGGAGUGGUUAUUAUAUCGAGGCGGAAAGGUGGAUGCGAUGGAGUGCACGCUACCCAAAGACCUGCGGGGGCGAGACAUCCGCGGCGUUCCAGUAGAAAUGUUCAACUACUGCCUCCAGCUCGAGGACGAGAACGGAGGAGGUGACGGAUCCCGAGGAGGUCCGCCCUGCAGCAGGGGGGUUCUUAACCCCAGUGGGGCGCCGUCAAUUUCUGGCGGUGAUGACUCCUCUUCAAACACAGGAGGAGGAGCCGGGGGCGGUGGAGAGGCCCCGGCAGAUUGCGUACGAGCUCGCUACCGCCCCGUGAGCGUGCGUCGCGCCAUCGGCACGGUAGUGAUCGCUGGGGUGGUGUGCGGGAUCGUUUGCAUCAUGAUGGUGGCGGCGGCCGCGUACGGGUGCAUCUACGCCUCGCUGAUGGCCAAGUACCAGAGAGAGCUGAAGAAGAGGCAGCCGCUCAUGGGAGACGGCGAGGCGGACGCGGACGAUCGAGAAGAGAAACAAAUCUCCUCGGUGGCGUAGGGGAGCCACGGACAAGAGGUUUCGUUAGGCUAAGGGCUCAAAGAGGAGAACGGGUUUGAAAAAGAAAACAAUGAUCACCACCUUCAACUCUCCAAACGUCACCAACUUUACUUCUUUCAAAGCCUUCCUCCUCGCCUUUAUUUUUUUAUCCUUUCAUCUCGCCUACUACCCACUUACUGAUGCUGUUGGGCUUCUGAACUUAGCACCAGAGAGAUCAAGAAGGUUUCAUCUAAUGUGCAUCUAUCAAGUCAUCGAAGAGCAGAUCUUGUAAUUUUCAGGGACUCUGUAGUGUGCUUAUGAUCCGACCAAUGUUCACGUACAAGACAAUACUAUGGGCUAUAUAUCUGCUCUUUCAAGACUCGAAAACCUAGUCCAGACAAGUCCUCACAGAAGGGGUAAUCUAGUUAGCCAAUACUUGUAAUGCAAUGUCUCAGAACAAAACACCAGGACCAGAUUUCAGUUUCUUUCUGGUCCGUCUCAGGUGUCCAUAUUGUUGGCCGUUUAUCCAGGGAAGCCUCAAAUGUUCUUAAUAUUUCUCAAACCAUGCAUCUCAUAAUCCCGACAAGCUCCAUCGACAGACUUCAGAACUUUCCAGCACUUUAUCGCCCUAAUCUGUUACCCGCAAUGGUUUCCCUUUCCUGGCCUUUUUUUAUAAAACCAUCCUACCCGGAGGGAUUAGCGCUAACAAGGGAUUAAACUAAAAGAUGCUGCUAUCAAAACAAACACACCCCUCCGAAACACACACACUCUCCCCCAAGCCUUUAUCUCUCCAACCAUCUUUCCAUCCAGUUGCUAUAAAUGGAAAGUCCUCCUGAAAGAUUUCCAUAUGGUUUCUUUCCUCAUAAUUAUCCGUAAUAUGCGAUGAAGGCUUGCAUCAGCCUGAUUUGAACACGCCACUGCCAAAGAGAAUUUGAUUUGCAUUCCGGCUGAGUGAAAAUAAACUUUCAUUGCAUAUUCCUCUAUUAAAAACAAUCCCCUCCUUGCGUAAAUUGGCCUGAAAGAAACCUAUAAUUAAAGUGUGUAUGACGCAGAUACAUAUUAUAAUCGUCCAGCACUAGCUAGGCUAAUAUAGCUAGCUAUAUCUAUAGCUAUAUCUAGCUAGCUAGAAUUAGCCAGUAUGGUGUCCCAGCCUGAAUUGUGACCCUUCCAAAAAUAUUCCAAAUUCACAAUGUUUGUUUUUUGUUGUGCUUAUAACGCUCGUAUGUUUUGUUUGGAGUAUCACUGUAAUGUUUGUUCAUUAGUCGUCAUUUUAUCGGGCUGUGUCGAGUUCCUACAAAAGACAAGAGUUCGCCAUACAUGUAAAAUAGUGUAAAUGUCAUAUUGGCAAUCUUUUCAAAACUAAGGCGAAACUCUGUCUGCCAAAGUCGGAACUUUACACUUCCCGGCCUGCAGGUGUCGUGCUGUUAGUAGCUAAGUAUCUUAGCUAGCUGAAUCCUGUUCUUAUAACCCGUGUGUGUGUACAGAAUAAUAAAAUAUAGUUUGCUACUAACAACAUAACGACUGAAGGGCCUCCAAAGUAUACUGGCCAGAAUUUGGUGGUGUGUUGUGUGUGUUAUGACGAUGAUUGUGUUUUAGGCAAUGGCGAUAACGAAGAAUUUCCGAGUACAUAUGCAUUGACGGAAAUAAAAACAUAUCACACUCUA